GCAGUGGAGGGGGCGGGAAGCAGGACGUUUCCGGCGUGUAGCUCGUGUGUGUUCUGUUAUGAAGGAUUGAAGAAGGACUUCAGGGAGAAGUGGGAGUGAAAGUCUCUAUAUAAAUGCAUUAUUCUGAUAGUUUUGCACGUUAAGAACUAUUUGAACAUGGGACUGUAAUCUCUCCAGCAGGUACCUGGAAUCAUGAAGCAGCUUCCGGUCGACACUGUGCGGCUGCUGUCCAGCUCACAGGUCAUCACUUCUGUGCUGAAUGUGGUCAAGGAACUGAUGGAAAAUUCUCUGGAUGCUGGGGCUUCAAACAUUGACGUUAAACUGGAAAACUACGGCUUGGACCGGAUAGAAGUACGUGACAACGGCCAUGGCAUCAAAGCUGUGGAUACUCCUGUGAUGGCUGUUAGACAUUUCACUUCAAAGAUCUGCAGCCACGAAGACCUGGAGCAUCUGGAAACAUAUGGCUUCAGGGGAGAAGCACUGGGCUCCAUCUGUGCAGUGGCUGAGGUGGCUGUUACCACAAAGACAGAGGAGGACGAUGUCAGCACCCAGUACAUGCUUGACUUUAAAGGGAACAUUGUUUCUCAGAAGCCGUCUCACUUAGGUCAAGGUACAACAGUGAGUGUAAUGAAACUUUUCAGGAAUCUUCCAGUGAGGAGGCAGUGCUUUUCCUCCACAAAAAAGUGCAAAGAGGAACUAAAGAAAGUGCAGGACCUGCUGAUGGCCUACGCCAUUGUCAAGCCUGAAUUGAGACUCGUACUUGUUCACAAUAAGGUGGUGGUUUGGCAGAAGGCCAAGGUGGCCGAUAGCAGAAGUGCCCUCCUUGCUACGUUGGGGUCCAGUGCUGUUGCCAACUUGCUCCCUUGCCACCAUCACCAAGAGCAACCAGAGAUUGUUUUAGAGGGAUUUUUUCCCAAACCUGGAGCUGAUUAUUCCACUACAAGCUCAUCUAGUCCUGACAAAACAUUUCUAUUUGUCAACAACCGACCUGUUCAGCUAAAGGAAAUAAUGAAGCUGCUGCGCCAACACUACAGUGCUCAAUAUCCGGAUGACCCAGCACGGAAUCGUUAUCCAAUGCUCAUGCUUAAAAUCACAGUUCCACCUUCCUCAGUGGAUGUUAAUCUGACACCAGACAAGACCCAGGUUCUUCUUCACAACAAGGAGGCUGUGUUGACUGCAGUGGAGGCAUUGCUGGUCUCUCUCUAUGGCUUUCGACCUAACACUGAUCUCCCAGCUGAGAAGCAGCUCAGCCACAAGACAUUUGCCUCACCAUCUAAUCCUUUGCAGCCUCAUGAUUCACUACUGGACAGUGAGCCAAGUGCAGAGAGGGAUAACAGUCUCACCAACCACAGUGAUAACUGCCCCAAAGAUGCACUUCAACAUGGUGAUGCAGCUUCGUCAACAGCAAGCACAGAUGCUUCACUGCACAACCAGACCUCAAACUGCAGCUCUUCAUCCUCUGUAGCAGACGACUGGAUUGUCAGCCAGAUCCCAGUUGAGAUUGUCUCCAGCUUUUCUCUUUGUGAUGAUGAAGUGGCACAGAACUGCACUGAGACAACAGAAAUGGGUUCAGCAAGCAAAUCCCCAGAGAGAAUUACAGACAAUGUAGUGUCAGCUGCAGACAAAAGCAAAGACCAAAUACUAGCUGAGGACUGGAGCCGGGGUACAGCUCUGACAGAUCCCAUGUCAGGAGAACCUCUGCAGCCCGUGACAAUGCAUCAACCCUCCACACAUAAGCACUCUGACUUGGAUGAGGUCAAGAGUCAGAGCAGCUCGAGCAAAAAGUUCAAUGUUAUAACAGAGAAGCGGGCUGCUCUGACAGCCUACGAUCUGAUUAGUAGCCGUGCCAUGAGGGCACCGCUGUCUCCUGCUGCCCUGUUUGAGAAGGAGGCCAGAGCUGAGGUCCUAAGAGCAAAGCCCACAGCCAGUCUGCAGGAUAUCAGCAUCGCUGUCCACGAGAGGUGGAAAAACCUGGGGGAGGAUAACCGUAAGAAGUAUGAAGAGCAAGCAAAAAAGCACCUAGAACAGCACGACAAGAGGACCAGGUUAGCUUCAGCUGAAGGCCGCAGGGAGCUCAGUGUGAGCACCUCUAGCAGCCACAUGCAGGGUCAGAAACGCAAGGCCCCAUCAUCCAACCAGCAGCUGCUGGACGAACUCUUCUCUGCACAGCCCCAAAAAAAGAUGCAAAACCCUGCGCCUAAACUCUCACAGCCCCUCCCCUGCAGCAUGGUUGCCCUUCGGCUCCAGCUUCAGCGCCUCUCAUCCCAGAGCAGCACAGCACCACGGGGCCUCCGUCUUGUAAACCGGCUGGCCUCUCAGAGCGCCUGGGUCAUUUUAUGUGGUCAGAGGCUCAUGUUGUUAAACCCAUUUCGAGUGGAGGAAGCCUUGCUGUUUAAAAGACUUCUCGAGAAUAAUAUACUUCCAGCAGUGAGCCUGCAGAACCCUAUACAGUUAACAGAUGGGGGGGCUGAGUAUGCUGAGACUUUGUGCAACAUGGAGAAACACAGCCCUGAACUGAACGGAGGGGCCCUGUUUUCUGAUCCAAGGCUUGUGGCUAAUGGCUUUACAAUCAAACUCACUCCAGGCCUCACGUCAGCCGAGAGACAUCUGGAAGUGACAGCGAUGUCAGACUGCGUGCCUUUCCUCGGUGUGGAGGACCUCAGGGAGAUUCUGACUGCCGUUCUUCACAAGAAGGCCAGGACUGUGCAAGAGUGCCGGCCACUUAAAGUCACAAAUUACCUACAAGGGGAAGCUGUUCGUCUUGCCCGUCAGCUGCCCACAACCUUAUCAAGGGAAGAUGUGGAGGAAACCCUUCUGCGGAUGGAGCAGCAGCUGGGUGAGACCAACCGAACCUGCAUCCAUGGACGACCUUUUCUCCAACAUUUAUCUGACAUCCCCUCUACAGACCAGCAAGCAAAGGCUCUGCUGCGGCCUUUGGACCUAUAACAGUAGACAACUGGCUGAUUUAAAAGCAGCCAAUUAUUUUUGAAUUAGGGUUCAUAACCGUAUUUUCCAUUAAGUUUUAUUGCACACAGAACUGCUUAAGGCUGACUAAUAUAGUUGUUCUAUAAUAAGAAAAAUAAUUAGACUUUAUAAUGUAGACAAGCCAAAAGUUUGAUUUACUCAAAACAUGGAUGUGUUGAACUCAGUUUAAGUUGGAUAUGUUGAUUCCAGCAUCUUGAAUCUGCCUUUUGCUGGUUUUCUGGAAUAUCUUGAGUUGUCAACAGAACAAGACUUUUGGAAACAUUGGUCAACAUUUUUCACCAUAACCUGACAUUUUACAGACCACCCAACAAAUAGAUUGUGAGACAAUAAUGGGUAAUUAUUUAAGAAUGAAAGAACUGCUGGUUGCUGCAUCUAAGUGAGUGUGAGGCUUUUUAAAAGCCAAACCUAUUCAUAGAUGUUUGCUAGGAACUGAUAAAGUUUUCUCAGGACUGGGAGUUGUAGGCAUUUUAAUUUGGACUGAAGUUCAGUAAGUGGUAAAACUGCAACGCUUUGGUCUCAUUCAAGUUUUAUGGUUUAACCACAGUGUCCUCACACCGAUGAAUUACUCAGAUUUCAAUCUCAAUUCAGUCAUUUAAUAAAAAUGAGCCUACAAGACCAAAUAAUCAAUGUGUAAUUAUUAUUAGCAUUAGCAUGCAAAAUUAGUGCAGCUUUACAACAUCAGUUUCAGUUUGGUUUAUGUUUAGAUCUGCACUUUGGAGGUGUUUUAUUUUCUGCAAUAUGCUUCAUAUUUUGGUUUUGAGGCAUGUUUCUUGCAUACAUUGCAUUUUCUUGGCUUAACAACAGUCUCCAAACUGCAAUGACACCUGACUCUCUAACUUGAUUUCUGUCCAAAAGCCAGAGUAUCUCCCGAAGCCUCAUUGUGGCACCUUCGGAAUGAGUAUUGGCAAGCUCCAAGUCAGAGAUGUGCACUGUGCCAGCUACUACCCAUAAUUCUUUUCCCUCAAUUAGUGUCAGCUGCUCGGCCUUUAGUAUUGACAGAUAGUUGUAUAUUAUCCCUGGCUGCAUUAAAUGCUUCAGAGAUUUGCACUGUAAUUUCAACCACAAAGUUUAACAAAUCCUUGACACUGUGCUAACUUGUAGUAGUGCCACUUCCUAAAGACAUUAGUCCAUUAUGCCACCAUUCUGGUGUUUGGUGUUGCUUGAGGUUUUCUGUGGGGAAUUAAAUUGAACUAGGGAAAAAAAAAGAAGCCGGAUGAGGGUAGAAGAAAGAAAAGCUUGUAAUUUUCUUCAUCAUUCACAUAAUUUCCUCAUAAUUUUUUGUACCUGAUGCAAUGAUGAGUGGUGGUAUCUCAAAAAUGUCAGUAUAGAAGUACAGUCUGAUUUGACCACAUUUGGGGAACAAGAAUACAUAUAGCCACACAAGGUUUUCAGUCAUCGCCUUUUCAUAUGGACACUGAAUCCCACCACAGGGAAAUGUGCAAUCUGAUCUCUAAACUUAUGAUAAUAUUAUAGUUAGGACUAUGAAAGGUCAGACCACAGCACACGUCUUGUUUUACGUGGCCUCUGCUGACAGAACUCACAGAUGGCUUCAGCAUUGCUGCAGGGCCAACACUCUGCAAAGUGCCUCUGGGAAAGGGAUAAAUGCCAGUGAGGACCCAUGCCCCUCCUUUCACCUCUCUCCCCUCAGCUCCUCACUCCCACAUGGACUCAUGUUUGAAACUUCUCACUGUUGGAUGCGUGCUCCUCAGUUGCUUAUGUCCAGAAAUGCGGACAGCAGCAGAAUCUACUUUGCACACGCUGCCUUCGGCACCCAGGGGCAUAUCCGAGUAAUUGGGGAGGAUUAACUGAUGAUCAUCUUUUGACCAUGUGACCACACUGUUUAAAAGGUCAGCAAUGGUUCAUUUUGCCAGCUGUCUUUUAAACCACCUGUUGCACUGUUUUUGACAUUUUCUGCAAUCAAAUUCAGGUAUUUGCUAAUGAUUAACCCGGCGGGAGGAGCGGAAAAAAGGAGCAGUUUUGGAAUGCGCGCAAAAUGUUUCACUUAUUCAUUUCACAUACAGCGUCAUCUAGAUAGUUUUCUGCUCUCUUAUUACCGCCUUAAUGUGCAGAGCUACUUCUUCUCAGGUCGUAUUCAGCAGCUAGGGCAACUGUACACCACUUUAACAACCCAGAGGUAACCGUAGACUUUAACAGAGUCAUCAAAUCCAAAAUAAAAUGACAUGAACUAUAUUUAACCCCUUUCCUUCUCUAUUUUUGGAACUGUUAUGAGAGGUUUUUACAUAGAAUACUUUGCCUGGUACUGGGUAUGAGCACCACCUGUUUCUGUUUAGGAAUAUAGAACUAGGUGGAGAGAAAGACAGUAUUUUUAUAUACCCUGAGGGAUGCCUGAACAUAUAAAGUUAACUGCAUCACCCUUAAAUGUAGUAAUGACUUGAGAAAAUAGCACAAAAACAUGAUCUCAUGUUUAGAGCAUAAUCAAAGUUAUUAAUAACUGUUGCAUUUUUCCUUUACUGUAUUGCUUAAAUGGCCACCAAAGCGACUAAAGACAAAAUACUUUAACUGAAGUGGCAGCCUCCAUCUGAAUUUCCCUUUUCUCCACAUUUGAGCUGCAUUUGACAACUGUAAUUUCCCAAAAAGAGCAAUUUGAUAAACUCAGUCCUGUUGGGAUUGACCAGGUGUGAGGGGUUGAAGGCAGGGAACUUCUCUCUCAAGUCAGCUGUUUAUAUCCCUUUUUUAUUUGUCCUAAAGUGUGCUCUGGUUGACUGUCUUGCCACCUUCUGAGACGGCCAGCUGUUUACCCUAUAUACAGAACCACCACAGUAGGAACACUUUAAGCAUGGUUGGAAGAUGCUUGAUGCAAACUAGCUCAUUUCAAGCAUACUCCACCAUCUUUGUUCUAUUGCUGCAACGCUAGCAUAUUGAUGUCUUGUAAGUCCAUGAGGGUUGGACACACUUAUGUGCAUGACAUGAAAAUAAAGAAACCAAUCAGUCAAUAAAUCAACCUUUACUCAAAAACAAAUCAAAAUAUUCAAAACAAAGCAACAAAUAAUAACCCAACAUAUCUGAAAAGUAGUAGGCCGAAGCAUAAACGUAUUUACUCCUACCCCUUCUCCAUCUAAGCCAUCAGUCACUCAGUACCCUACUCCCAUAGUUAUUUAUGUCCAUAUUAACAAACAAAAUGGGAAAUAAAUAACAUAAAAAACAAUUAUUAAAUAAUUAGUGAUAUACCUGUGUCAAAACCCCUCCUCCUCGUACCUCGUGAAGACCAUAUUUUUAUAUUUUUGUACUGCUUUUUAAACUGGGUUGUGCUUGGACAUUGCUUGAGUCCCACCUCCAAUCCAUUCUAUAACCUCUCUCCACGUAUAGAAGGACAAAAUGACCUUAAUGUUACGCAAAAUCUUCCAUGUUUAAAUUUUAAAUCCUUCCUCCAUUAAAUAACCCCCAUCUUUGUAAAAAAAACAAAAAAAAAAACAAAUUCUGAAUAUUUACAGGAAGUUGGCUGUUUGUUGCUGAGUGCAUUAUUUGUGCUGUUUGAAAUCCUUGAUAAUUUUUUGGAAUAACAUACUGUAGCUCUUAGGGGUUCUUAGAAUAACAUAUGCUUUUUCUCAUACUGUACAUUACGUAAGCACCUCCUGCCCAAAACACUCCGUUUAAGCUCCUGUCUCUUGAAGGCUGCUCUCCUGAAAAGCAAGGUAACGGUUAUAUACUGUAACCUUAGAUCUUUAGCUAUGCUGAGAUUGUCCACCUGUCCACAGUUAUGUGCUGCAUAUUCUGAAUUACCUUUUUCUCAUGAACAUAUACCAGAACAUCUGCACCACAUUUGAGACCAGUUACACCAGUUGCUAUUUUUGGACACUUUGUACACGUUGUAAUUGACAUAUCUCUUCACUUUGUGGAAAGAAACCUGUAUAACACACAUAUAUGCGUAUGAAACUUUACUUACAACGUACUUCAGUUGUACUGUAUCCACCUGCAUAUGUACUGUCUUCAAUACAGUACCUCUGCAAAGCGGCUAAAUAAAAAUAAAUAACAGUUUGUUUUUUACAGUAGCAAGAGCUCAGAUGUUGUUCUAGAUCCAGUGUAAAUAUUUCAUAAGUGAACCACUGAACUGUCAAAAUGUCUGAGUGGUAUUAUGCUGAGCAAGCACUUAGCAUGGGUGAGAAAAUCCCAGCAGCUAGCAGCUACUGUUUAUUUAUACUGUUUAUUAUUAUUAUCAUUAUUAGUAGUAGUAAUAAUAAUUAUAUACUUUCUUGUCAUAUAAUAUCUAUCUGUCUGUCUGUCUAUCUGUCUGCUUAUUAUUAUUAGUAGUAAUAAUAACAGCUAUGCUCACAGCUUGUUAGCAUUGCUGUAGACGCUGCAGUGGUGCUUUGCGCAUUUGUAUAUUAACCUUUUCUAAUUGGCACAAAAUGUACAGCACAACUGAACUCUUUAGUCAUGCAAGUACUUUGCCACAAACCAGUCGGCUCUAAGGGAACAGCUUUGGGAGCCUCAGAGCUGUUAGAAUUCAUUCACCAACACAGGUUUCCACCUGCCAAACAAACUGAGCACACCCACCAGCUUGUAGGCAUUGUUCAAAAUUUAUUUGAUUGUUUCCUCAUUUCCUCAUUAACCUUUUAGUGGACAUGGAAUAUCAUUAGUGUAUAGUCACUGAAAUACCUGAUUGUCAUGCUCAAACUUUUUUUCUUUUUUUUUUUUUACCAAACUUCUGCACACUGAGAGCUAUUAGCCAGUAUUUUAGUAUUUCCACAGGUAUUCGUAGUGUCAUCUCUACGUGUCAUCCUGCCAACACCAUUUUACUCAUUCCGCCCCAGAUCAUCACACUCCCACGUCUUUGCUUCACUGUCAGGACAAUGCAUUCACUGUGGUUGCUAGGUUCAUGCCAAACAUGUUCAUCUGAGCUGAACAAAUCAAUCGUGGUCUUAUCUAACCAAGCUAUGUGCUCCCAGUAUUUAUCUGGCUUCUUUAUAUGUUGUGUAGCGAAAUUUUAUCUUCUUCUAUGUCGAAGAGUAAAGAACUGACAUAAUGAAGUAUUUUUCACACUGUCUGAGCUUCCAACAAAACCCUGUUUUCCAAGGAUAAACCCUGUGCCAAGUCUGAAACACUUACUCUAGAUUGUGCAAGUAGUGCAUUGUCUGAGGCAAUCAUUUCCGAAGGACAACUACUGCGGACUGAUGAGUAGUACUAUGGAUCACUCUGUACCUCAUGAUUACUGCUGCUUUUCUAUGUGGAACCCUGAUGCAAACAUGCAGCUAGACACAGAUCACAGGUCAAAAACUUAGAAAGUGCUUGUAUUCACAUGUCAUUUUAGAACCAUGAUCAUGUGAUUAGGCUCACUGGAAGUCAAAGCUGUACUCAAUUUUGUUUUAGUGAUCACAGGUUUUCUAACUUGUAUGUCAGUGAUCCCAGGUGUUUCCACUUUUAAUCCACUGAGUUUCUAUUUUGGGGCCUGUAUUUUUAGCAUAGUUUCUCUGAGGUAUCUGUUUUUGAGUGUCUGUAAGAGGAAAUAAAUUACUUGUCAACAUAGCAAUAAAAAAAUGUUUAAAAGAAA